GGGUUUGUUUUAGGAAUACAAUUUCAAAUUAUUUUCCCGGCAAAUUUAACCUAACUAUCUUGUUCUUCCUCUUUUCUCUCUUCUUCUUCCGUAUACUAGUUUCGAUUCCCAGUUCUUCCAACUAAAGAACAGAGCAGAUCAAAUGGGCAUCAAAGAUCUACUGAGAUUCUUGAAACCUUACGCGGAACCAAUUCACAUUCACAAAUUUGCUGGCAAGCGUGUUGGAAUUGAUGCUUAUUCAUGGCUUCACAAAGGAGCAUACUCAUGUAGCAUGGAGCUGUGCUUAAACUCAGAGGGUGACAAGAAAUUGCAGUAUAUCAAUUAUUUUAUGCACAGAAUUAAUUUAUUGAGGUUCCAUGAGAUUACCCCAGUUGUGGUUUUUGAUGGGGGAAACAUCCCUUGCAAGGCUGCCACCGAGCAUGAUCGAUACAGGAGGAGAAAAGCUAACAAAGAAUUGGCUAUGGAGAAACUUGAACAAGGAAAUGUUAAUGCUGCCAUUGAGCUUUUUCAGAGAGCAAUCAGCAUCACUCCAUCUAUGGCUCACCUUUUGAUACAGAGUCUAAAAUCGGAAAAUGUUGAGUUUAUUGUCGCCCCAUAUGAAGCUGAUGCACAAUUGGCUUACAUGUCGAGCCUUGGAGAAGAACAUGGUGGUAUUGCAGCUGUAAUCAGUGAAGACAGUGACCUUCUGGCAUAUGGUUGCCCAUCAGUCGUUUUCAAGAUGGAUAAAUUUGGUAAUGGCGAAGAGAUUGUUCUAGAAAAUGUUCUCAAAUCAACAAACUGUAAGCCAUCAUUUCGAAAAUUCACCACCUCCUUAUUCACAGAUAUGUGUGUCUUGGCAGGCUGCGACUUUCUUCCGUCUAUUCCUGGUAUCGGCAUCUCUAAAGCUCAUGCAUUGGUUUCAAAGUACCAAAAUAUUAAUCGUGUGAUAUCAGUUCUAAAGAUUGAUAAGGGUAAACAAGUGCCAGAAGAUUAUGCAAGAUCUUUCAAGGAAGCAGUUUCAGUAUUUCAGCAUGCAACAAUAUAUAAUAGACAUAUGAAGUGCGUUGAGCAUAUGAAAGAACUACCGGAGAAGCUUUUGGAGUCACUAGGAGAACUCAAUUUCUUGGGACCAUACAUUCCCCCAACUAUAGCUACUGCAAUUGCAGAAGGAAAGUUAGACCCAUGUACAAUGGAAGCUUAUGACUGUUCACUUAGCCACCAAACUUCUCAUUCUGCCCAAACUUUUGCUUCAGUUCAGCAGAUCAGGAAAUGCCAUAUGACAGGAGAAGUAGAAGAGAUAGUUCAAACUUUUAACAGAAAGAAUUACAAAGUUCAAGGGGACAAGGAGAAGCAAACAAAUAGCUGUUUUACACUUUAUUCUCCCGGAAGUAUGACAGACAUUAAGGUUUCAAACAAAAGUACAACCAUAGUAGAGAGGCAAGUUUUGAAGGAAAGGAAUUUCAAUUUCUCAAAUGAAGCUACAAAUCUUUCAAAAUUAGUCAAUUCUUCGGAGAUUCACUACAAGGAAGAAAACUCAACGGCUUCGGAGGAUUUUCCGGUGAAAACACCAGACAAUAAUCCAUUUCGAAAACGCAAACAUCAUUCAGAGAACACUGAAUCUACAGCUACGUCAAAGUUAGUCUCUUCUUCUGAGACUCCGAUUCACUUUAAUGAUGCAUGUUCUACUGUUUCCGAUGAGUUUCCUGUGAAAACGCCAGUCAACAACCCGUUCCAGAAACGUAAACAUCAAUCAGACAACGCGGAAUUUACACCUACCGCAACAAAAUCUUCAGUGACUGACGAUGAUCAUCUCAAUGUGAAGAGCCAGAAUGAUAAUUCUCGGGAAAGUGUGAACUCUAAGCUUCGGAAGCCUCAGCGACUUACAGAUCAGGUUAAAGUUAUGACGAAACGAAAUUCAAAAAACUCGAAAAUUUCUGCAAAUAAAAAUGGUAAAAGUACUAUACUGAAUUUCUUUAGUCGAAUAUAAUUAAUCUUGUAUUCUUUUAUGUAUGAAUUAUGGAUCAAACAACUUCUAAUCAUCUCAAUGUACUAUGAAAAAUUGUGUUUUGUCAAACGAGAGAAAAAAUUAUCAUUCUAUU